AUGCGCUGGAGCUGUCUCCCGGUAGCUCUCGCAGCUGCCCUGCUGCCGGCGUGUACAGCGACAGACCAAGUGUCUUGGUCGACAACACAAUCGCCGUCGACGUCCUCCACAACUCUCGUCGAUGCUCUAGGAGCAGAUCCUGACUACCUAUCGCUCCUCAAGCUCGUGCAGCGUGCACGGCUGAUACCGACACUCAAUCGUCUAAACGGUAGCACUUUCUUCGCCCCAACCAAUGACGCCAUCAAACGCUAUACCAAGCAGCAGCACCUGUGGGCCACCGUCCUCGAAGAUGACUCUUUCACAAUAACCGACAACAUCCAGGAGCAACUCAGACAGCAGCUGUUCUAUCACCUUUUGAACUACACCUUACCCCAGUCGACAGAUGAGGGUGUUCAUGUUCACCACACCCUACAUUUCCCUUCGACCUCGCUGGAACCGCCGUCUCGCGAACCACCCCCGCACCCUCCGUGGAUGCCAAUUCCUGGUGGGAGCUUGGGUGGGAAGCCCCAGAGAUUACGAGUUGCAACGCGUGACCAAUCUCUCCACGUUGGGGUCGAUACUUUCGGCGAGUCAGGAGCACGCGUGGUGAAGGAGCGACACGAUGCAGGGAACGGCGUUCUGUUGGGUAUAGAUAAAGUGUUAGAGCCUCCACCUGACCUUUCCAAAGUUAUCGAGAGUCAGCCAUCCCUUUCCUACUUCAACAAGAUUCUAGGCUCCGAGAUUUUGAAGCGUCUCAACAGCACCGCCAAUCUUACUCUAUUUUUACCGGUCGAUGAGGCGUGGAGCAACCUCGACCCAUAUGAACGCCUUUAUCUCGAAAGCGAGUUCGCGAAUGAUGACCUCAAUCGCAUCCUCAACAUGCACGCCGUUGUCCAGCACAGUGUCAAGUGGUCAGAUUCGUUCCAUUCAGGUCUGAACUUGACAUCGCUUGACGGGACGAAGCUCGAAAUCGAGGUCACUCCUGAAGGAACCAAAGUGGCCACAGCCAACCUUGUUCAGCCUGACAUUUAUGCUUCCAACGGCGUUCUACACCUCGUGUCAGACCUUCUUAUCCCACCGGACGCUCUUCAACUGACGCCAGAGAAAUAUCUGCUGGCGUUGAACUGCACGACCUUCGUAUCUCUGCUUCGCUCUGUCGAUCUCAGGAGUCUUGUGAACGACACGGAGAAGCACUACACGAUUCUUGCACCCAACGACGACAUAUUCACUAUCCUCGGCGACUCUGAUUUACCAGAACCAGGCAGCGACGAACUUAGGAAGCUGCUUCAAUACCACUUUAUCCCAGGGAAGUGGACGCCCAAGAAGCUCGAGGACGGUCUGUUGUUGGAGACUGAAUUGAAGGAGGAAGGUUUGGGAGGAGGUCGUCAGGUUCUGUCAAUUGAUGUUAGUUCAGGGGAUCCGAAGAAGAAGCAAAUUGGCCCUAUCCGCUUUGGUGGUGCAGCCGUCAUCGGUGAACCAGUUCAAGUCAACGGCUCUGUCAUCUACUUCCUCUCUCGGCCUCUUGUACCUCCAGCCGACCCGCUGGAGACAGCUUUACCCGACCUCGACUUGUCAUCCUUCCUGGCGGCCGUAUUGUCGUCAUCGAAGGCUGAAACUCUUAGGAGCACCCCACAAACCAGCUUACUGGUCCCAUACAACGCAGCGUUCCAAAGGCUAGGCCUAUUGGUAACCAACCAUCUUCUGUCAUCCUCCGCGAAGCAGGACUUGGAGAAUGUUCUCCUUCACCAUACACUCAGUUCGAUCGAAUACGCCCCAGACUUGCUCAAGGGCGGCCAACACACGUUCCCGACACUGGAGGGUAGUGAUAUCAAGCUCGAGAAGACCAAGAACGGGACAAUCUACGUAAGCCCGAGCGGAGGAUGGGCCGGUAUGCGAGCUGAAUUGGUUCCUCGCAACCUCUUAACCAAGACGGGGGUUAUCCACGAGCUUUCCGACAUUCUCAUUCCUCGAUCUGUCGAUAUCACAAUCGGCAAACUCAUCCGGGCAUCAAAGGGGAGCACUAUGGCCUCUUUGGUAAACAAGGCAGGGUUCGACUGGGUGUUGAACGGUACCGCACCUCCUGAAGGGUCUGAGUGGGAAAAGAUGGGUCUUGAGGGUGUCGGGUGGACAUUGUUGUGCCCACCGGAUGAUGCCUUCAAGGACUUCAACCUGACUCAGCUCUAUUCAGACGUCAAUGCAAUGAGGACCAUCGUCUCUCAGCAUCUCAUUCCUGUUCCUGUCGCGAUUCCCAAAGAUAUCCAGGGGGAACUCGACACUGAUCCAUUGAACAACAACCGACCCCUCGUUCUCGACGAUGCAACCUACUCAACCGUCCGUUCCGAAGCCUCUGCGUACGGUGACCUCGUGUUCCAGAAGCGAAUCGACGACGGGCAAUACGUCGUCGGGAUCAAGGGCGCUCGCGGAACCAACGGUGAUCAGGAUUGGGCCCGCGUGCUAUCCUGGGGUCGAUCGACCACGGGAAGUGGAACUGGCGGUGUUAUUCAAAUUGAUCGGCUUCUUGUCCCUUACCAGCCCAAGUGGUGGAUCGAGUACGCCUAUCCGCAACCUACUGGAAAGAUGAGCACCGAAGGGGCAGUUGAGGAGAAGAGAGUGUCGGCGGCAGAGUCUGUCAAGUCGUUCAUCGCAGGAGGUUUCGGUGGCGUGUGCGCCGUCGUAGUCGGUCACCCCUUCGAUCUCACCAAAACUCGCUUGCAGACUGCACCUGCCGGCACCUACACCGGCGCAGUCGAUGUUGUGAAGAAAACUGUUGCCAAAGACGGAGUGAGAGGUCUCUACCGUGGCAUCGUCCCUCCCCUGCUCGGCGUCACUCCCAUCUUCGCCGUUUCCUUCUGGGCCUAUGAUGCUUCAAAACAACUCAUUUUCGCUGUGACCCCCAACCGAACCAGCCAAACGCUCUCCAUCCCCGAGCUCGCUACCGCUGGUUUCCUCUCCGCCGUCCCGACCACUCUCGUCACUGCCCCCGUGGAGCGCGCCAAGGUCUUGUUGCAGGUGCAAGGCCAGGGUGGCUCCUCGACCCAAUACAAGGGCGUCACCGACGUCCUCAAGCAUCUCUACCGGGAAGGCGGUCUCCGAAGUAUCUUCCGGGGUACUGGAGCAACUUUGGCGCGAGACGGUCCUGGAAGCGCCGCCUACUUCGCUGCCUAUGAAGUGACCAAGAAGGCGUUGACCCCUGCUGGCUCCUCCCCAGCUGACCUCAACCUCGGCGCGGUUAUUGUUGCUGGAGGUACUGCCGGUGUUGCGAUGUGGGCCAUUGCUAUUCCCCCUGAUGUCUUGAAAUCACGAUUGCAAUCCGCGCCAACGGGAACAUACUCGGGUAUUGUCGAUUGUGCACGAAAGACUAUUGCUCAAGAUGGGUUGCGUGCUCUCUGGAAGGGAUUCGGCCCUGCUAUGGCCAGGGCUUUCCCCGCCAACGCUGCUACCUUCCUCGGAGUUGAGGCUUCAAGGAAGGUUCUGGACGGUCUUUUCUAAUCUGGGAGACUUGUCUGAAAGACACGUCGCACUCCUAUUCAUGUGUACCGCAUUAAUCAUGAUACCCGGGGAGAGGGUUCAACUGCAGUCUCGCAAAGU